AGAGGAAAGUGUACGUUCCACACAGUAAUGGUCUGGAGAGGGGGUGGGGUGGCUCUUUGGAGCCCGUUUUACGACAACGUGCGGCUGCGCGGCGUGGCUGACGGCAACAACGCGCUGCUCCGGGAGAGGUCACUCCGGAGACCGCGUUGGUUUUGGGGUGUGGGGGUCUGUGGCACUAUGUGGCGCGUCUGUGCGCGGCAGGCCCAGAAGGCAGCCCCAAGGGCGGGAUUCGGGGUUCGAUGGACGGCCGUGCCGGAGGAACCGGGAGCUCCGUGCGUGACCCCGCGUGCUGGCCCGGCUUCGGCUCGUUGCAGCAGCGCGACCACGGGCUAUGGCGGGGUCCGGGCGCUCUGCGGCUGGAGCCCCAGCUCGUGGGCUGCACCGCGGAAUCGCUUCCUGCUGCAACUUUUGGGAUCGCCUAGCCGCCGCUGUUAUAGUCUCCCCCCGCAUCAGAAGGUUCCAUUGCCUUCUCUUUCCCCCACAAUGCAGGCAGGCACCAUAGCCCGUUGGGAAAAAAAGGAAGGGGAAAAAAUCAAUGAGGGUGAACUAAUUGCAGAGAUUGAAACUGAUAAAGCCACUGUUGGAUUUGAGAGCUUGGAGGAGUGUUACAUGGCAAAGAUACUUGUUGCUGAAGGUACUAGAGAUGUUCCAGUUGGAUCAGUCAUCUGUAUCACAGUUGAAAAGCCUGAGGAUGUUGAGGCCUUUAAAAAUUAUACAUUGGAUUCCUCGGCAGCACCCACCCCACCAGCAGCCCCAGCACCAACUCCUGCUGCCCCUGCUUCACCACCUGCACCUUCUGCUCAGGCUCCUGGUAGCUCGUAUCCCACUCACAUGCAGGUGGUUCUUCCUGCCCUCUCUCCUACCAUGACCAUGGGCACAGUUCAGAGAUGGGAAAAAAAAGUGGGUGAGAAGCUAAAUGAAGGAGACUUACUGGCAGAGAUAGAGACUGACAAGGCCACUAUAGGUUUUGAAGUACAGGAAGAAGGUUACCUGGCAAAAAUCCUGAUCCCUGAAGGCACAAGAGAUGUCCCUCUAGGAACCCCACUUUGUAUCAUUGUAGAAAAGGAGGCAGAUAUACCAGCAUUUGCUGACUAUAGGCCAACUGAAGUAACUGAUUUAAAACCACAAGCACCACCUACCCCAGCCCCGGUGGUUCCUGUUCCUCCAAGUCCCCAACCUGUAGCCCCUACACCUUCAGCCACCCGCCCAGCUACUCCUGCUGGACCAAAGGGAAGGUUGUUUGUUAGUCCUCUUGCAAAGAAAUUGGCAGCGGAGAAAGGGAUUGACCUUACACAAGUGAAAGGGACAGGACCAGAAGGCAGAAUCAUCAAGAAGGACAUCGACUCUUUUGUGCCUACUAAAGCUGCUCCUGCUCCAGCAGCUGCUGUGCCUCCCCCCGCUCCAGGAGUGGCACCAGUUCCUACAGGUGUCUUCACAGAUAUCCCAAUCAGCAACAUUCGUCGAGUUAUUGCACAGCGGUUAAUGCAGUCUAAGCAAACCAUACCUCAUUAUUACCUUUCUAUUGAUGUAAAUAUGGGAGAAGUUUUGUUGGUACGGAAAGAACUUAAUAAGAUGUUAGAAGGGAGAAGCAAAAUUUCUGUCAAUGAUUUCAUCAUAAAGGCUUCAGCUUUGGCAUGUUUAAAAGUUCCUGAAGCAAAUUCUUCUUGGCUGGACACAGUUAUAAGACAAAAUCAUGUUGUUGAUAUCAGUGUUGCAGUCAAUACUCCUGCAGGACUCAUCACACCUAUUGUAUUUAAUGCACAUAUAAAAGGACUGGAAGUCAUUGCUAAUGAUGUUGUUUCUUUAGCAACCAAAGCAAGAGAGGGUAAACUACAGCCACAUGAAUUCCAGGGUGGCACUUUUACAAUCUCCAAUUUAGGAAUGUUUGGAAUUAAGAAUUUCUCUGCUAUUAUUAACCCACCUCAAGCAUGUAUUUUGGCAAUUGGUGCUUCAGAGGAAAGACUGGUUCCAGCAGAUAAUGAAAAAGGAUUUGAUGUGGCUAGCAUGAUGUCUGUUACACUCAGCUGUGAUCAUCGGGUUGUGGAUGGAGCAGUUGGAGCCCAGUGGCUUGCUGAGUUUAGAAAGUACCUUGAAAAACCUAUCACCAUGUUGUUGUAAUUAACCCAAGAAUUUCUAGACUCUCCCAGGUCAUAUUGGUUCAUUCUUAUCAAGAUAUAAAUAUGUUAUUAAACAGGUAUUUUUAUUUUAAAGUUAACCAGUUAUUUUUGAGUCUGUCCAGAUAAGUUAUUUAUAAUGGGCAAUCCUGAAUUUUUUAAAUGCCAAUUACACUCAAAUAUUGUGCACAUUUAAUAAACACCAGAUUUUAAGCUGUGUACUCCUAGUCAAGGGAUGUUAGUGAUAAGUACUUGCACUGGGAAAUGUAGAGGUAGAAUUGUGGUUUCCUAUUGAGACAGGUUCAUAAAAGUAACCUGGAUGAAACCUUGAAGUUUUGAAAUUUAAUUGCCUCAAAUGUUUUGCUUAGAUUUGAGGGAAAGAGAAGUCAGGAAAAUUAGUUCUCUUGGAGAAAGCUUUUGAAUUGAAGCUUGAUUUUAGAAUUGAACCCUAAUUUAAAUUUUUCUGUUACAUGAUUUUGGUUUAUCAAGGAUAGGAAGGGUAGAGAACUUCAAGGAAAAUAAGUGAAAUUUUAAAAGUCAGUGGUUUCUUAGACUUCUCCAAUCAACUGUUCUUUCUUUUUCUAUGAAUCCCAAAAUGGUUGUUUUCUCUUCUUGAAAUGAAGAUAUAAAUAUAAACCAGCUACUUGGUAUAAAUGAGAAUUUGUGUGGGUAUUUAUGUAAACAACUUAAAUGUGUAAUUCUGAGAGCAGAAUGCUACCAUUACCUCCAAAUAAAAGAAUAUGCUUAUAGAAUUUAACUGAAAGAAGUUGUGAAAGUAGAAUUUUUCCUCCAAGAUUAACUGGUGGUUACUUGCAAAUAAACUUAAUUACUAGAAUUUAUUACUCAAAUAACUUUCAAAAUCUAUAUGAAGUAACUAUGGAAUAAGUGUACAUAUGUAAAAUAUGAUUUCUAGUGAGGUAUGUGCCAAAGUCCAUUUAUCACCAAGUCCUGUAUGAAAAGAAGAUGGGGAGAGAUAUAUUGGUGAAGAGUUUGGAGUGCUAAAAGAUGAUGACCAAAACAAAGUGGUUAUGUCUACUUGGAUAAAGGAAAAAAUGUUAAAUGUGUACAAAAAAAAGUGUUCUGUGUUUUUCCACCCCAGUGUUCUCUCAUGUAAAAUAAGAGAGCCCUGAAAUCCUAUUGGAGAGAACAAAAUUAUUUAGGUUGCUUGCUACCUUAUCAGCCUAAUAUUUUUUUCCAUUUUGUUAACAAUUUGCCUUUCUUCUGGGGGGAGGAAGGAGGUGAUGUUUAGGAUAAUAAAAAUGAAUUAGGAACCUUAUCACAAUUCCAGACUUUCUGUUGAAUUGAUAUGUUUUAAUAAAUACUUGGUAUU